CCGUCUUGCCGUCCCUCGAAUAUGAGGCGUUGCAAAUGGAAGGCUAAACUCCACAGCGGGCGGGUCAAGCCGCGCCAACCGAUGAAUGAGCGUGACAUGGCGAGGCUGAGGACAAUGUGCAAGUCCCUACUGCUGGGUGAGGUGCAAGUCCUGCAGAGGAUGGUGCGCAAGCGAGUACGGCGUCUCGUGAACGGUGCGAUUGGCGCGAUGGAUUUUGGCAUGAGAGCCCUACAGCGAGCACGGCCUAUGGGACCACGGCAUGGCUGGAGCGGGCGUCUCUGGGGUUGGCAUAACGGCUCGUACCUACGUGACGAGUAUGCUGUGCAACAUGACGGGUUCUGCAAGGAUCGUGGAUGCAAACGGACACGACAAGACACCAGUACCAUCACGAGUUGCUGGCUUGUUGGCCUCGAUGGACGGCUGUCGCGCGAAUAUGCGGAGGAUGUGUCCCUUGGCAAAUCGGUCCAUGUCGAGUGCCAGACAAGGGGCAUCAGCCGUUCGUUUACGCGCAUCGGCUCUCUUUACUUGCGUCGACUAAUAAGGCUCUUUGCGGGCUCCCACGCCCGACCGAUACCCGCUUUGCAAGCUGCGUUCCGUCGAGGACGAGUCCCAGGCGGCGAAAUCCAGCCCAGCCUCCACACGGCGGUUGCGCGGUUAAUAGUGCCUCGCCUUCCCUUGGGCAUGAUGCAGACGGAAUGA